AUGAAAACCAUGCCUUGGAACUGGACCUGCCUGCUGUCCCACCUCCUCAUGGUGGGCUUAGGUUCCUCCAUGCUGCUGCCCCGGCAGCCAUCCCCGCUGUCCCAGAAGCGCUCUUUCAUCACUUUCCGAGGGGAGCCCACGGAGGGCUUCAAUCACCUGGUGGUGGAUGAGAGGACAGGACACAUUUACUUGGGGGCCAUCAACCGGAUUUACAAGCUCUCCAGUGACCUGAAGGUCUUGGUGACCCACCAGACAGGGCCAGACGAGGACAAUCCCAAGUGUUACCCGCCCCGCAUUGUGCAGACCUGUAAUGAGCCCCUGACCUCCACCAACAAUGUUAACAAGAUGCUGCUCAUAGAUUACAAGGAGAACAGGCUGAUUGCCUGCGGGAGCCUGUACCAGGGCAUCUGCCAGCUGCUGCGGCUGGAGGACCUCUUCAAGUUGGCAGAGCCAUCCCAUAAGAAGGAGCAUUACCUAUCAGGGGUCAAUGAGAGUGGCUCGGUCUUUGGCGUCAUAGUCUCCUACAGCAACUUGGAUGACAAGCUUUUCAUUGCCACGGCAGUGGACGGGAAGCCAGAGUACUUUCCCACCAUCUCUAGCCGGAAGCUGACCAAGAACUCUGAGGCAGAUGGCAUGUUUGCCUACGUCUUCCAUGAUGAGUUUGUGGCCUCGAUGAUUAAGAUCCCCUCGGACACUUUCACUGUCAUCCCUGACUUUGACAUCUACUACAUCUAUGGUUUUAGCAGCGGCAACUUUGUCUAUUUUUUAACCCUUCAGCCUGAGAUGGUGUCUCCCCCAGGCUCCACCACCAAGGAGCAGGUUUACACAUCUAAGCUCGUCAGGCUGUGCAAGGAGGAUACAGCCUUCAACUCCUACGUGGAGGUGCCCAUUGGCUGUGAGCGCAGCGGAGUGGAGUACCGCCUGCUGCAGGCUGCCUACCUGUCCAAGGCUGGGGCCGUGCUGGGCCGGACCCUUGGAGUCCGUCCAGACGAUGACCUGCUCUUUACUGUCUUCUCUAAGGGCCAGAAGCGCAAAAUGAAAUCCCUGGAUGAGUCAGCCCUGUGCAUCUUCAUCCUGAAGCAGAUCAACGACCGCAUUAAGGAGCGGCUGCAGUCCUGCUACCGGGGGGAGGGCACCCUGGACCUGGCCUGGCUCAAGGUCAAGGACAUCCCCUGCAGCAGCGCGCUCUUAACCAUUGAUGAUAACUUCUGUGGCCUGGACAUGAAUGCCCCCCUGGGAGUGUCCGACAUGGUGCGUGGAAUUCCUGUUUUCACAGAAGACAGGGACCGCAUGACUUCUGUUAUCGCCUAUGUCUACAAGAACCACUCUCUGGCCUUCGUGGGCACCAAAAGUGGCAAGCUGAAGAAGAUCCGAGUGGAUGGGCCCCGGGGCAAUGCCCUCCAAUAUGAAACUGUGCAGGUGGUGGACCCUGGCCCGGUCCUCCGGGAUAUGGCCUUCUCCAAGGACCACGAGCAGCUCUACAUCAUGUCUGAGAGGCAGCUCACCAGAGUCCCUGUGGAGUCCUGUGGUCAGUAUCGGAGCUGUGGCGAGUGCCUUGGUUCAGGCGACCCCCACUGUGGCUGGUGUGUGCUCCACAACACGUGCACACGGAAGGAACGCUGCGAGCGGUCCAGGGAGCCCCACAGGUUUGCCUCGGAGAUGAAGCAGUGUGUCCGACUGACGGUGCAUCCCAGCAACAUCUCCGUCUCUCAGUACAACGUGCUGCUGGUCCUGGAGACAUACAAUGUCCCAGAACUGUCAGCUGGCGUCAACUGUACCUUUGAGGACCUGUCAGAGAUGGAUGGGCUGGUGGUGGGCAACCAGAUCCAGUGCUACUCCCCUGCAGCCACAGAGGUGCCCCGGAUCGUCACGGAGAACGGGGACCAUCACGUUGUGCAACUGCAGCUCAAAUCAAAGGAGACGGGCAUGACCUUCGCCAGCACCAGCUUUGUCUUCUACAAUUGCAGUGUCCACAAUUCGUGCCUGUCCUGUGUGGAGAGCCCAUACCGCUGCCACUGGUGUAAAUACCGACACGUCUGCACUCAUGACCCCAAGACCUGCUCCUUCCAGGAAGGACGAGUGAAGCUGCCUGAGGACUGCCCCCAGCUGCUGCGAGUGGACAAGAUCCUGGUGCCCGUGGAGGUGAUCAAGCCCAUCACUCUGAAGGCCAAGAACCUGCCCCAGCCACAGUCCGGGCAGCGCGGUUACGAGUGUGUGCUGAGCGUCCAGGGCAGUGAGCAGAGGGUGCCCGCCCUGCGCUUCAACAGCUCCAGCGUGCAGUGCCAGAACACCUCUUAUUCCUAUGAAGGCAUGGAGAUCAACAACCUGCCCGUGGAGCUGACAGUUGUGUGGAACGGGCACUUCAGCAUCGACAACCCAGCUCAGAACAAAGUUCACUUGUACAAGUGUGGAGCCAUGCGUGAGAGCUGUGGGCUGUGUCUCAAGGCCGACCCAGACUUUGCAUGCGGCUGGUGCCAGGGCCCAGGCCAGUGUACCCUGCGCCAGCACUGCCCUGCCCAGGAGAGCCGCUGGCUGGAGCUGUCAGGUGCCAACAGCAAGUGCACAAACCCCCGCAUCACGGAGAUAAUCCCAGUGACAGGCCCCCGGGAAGGGGGCACCAAGGUCACCAUCCGAGGGGAAAACCUGGGCCUGGAAUUCCGCGACAUCGCCUCACACGUCAAGGUGGCCGGUGUAGAGUGCAGCCCUUUGGUGGACGGCUACAUCCCUGCAGAGCAGAUCGUGUGCGAGAUGGGGGAAGCCAAGCCCAGCCAGCACGCGGGCUUCGUGGAGAUCUGCGUGGCGGUGUGUCGGCCCGAGUUCAUGGCCCGGUCCUCACAGCUCUACUACUUCAUGACGCUGACUCUCUCAGACCUGAAGCCCAGCCGGGGGCCCAUGUCUGGGGGCACCCAAGUGACCAUCACGGGCACCAACCUGAAUGCUGGCAGCAACGUGGUAGUAAUGUUCGGGAAGCAGCCCUGCCUCUUCCACAGGCGAUCUCCAUCAUACAUUAUCUGCAACACCACAUCCUCCGAUGAGGUGCUGGAGAUGAAGGUGACGGUGCAGGUGGACAGGGCCAAGAUCCAUCAGGACCUGGUCUUCCAGUACGUGGAGGACCCGACCAUCGUGCGCAUUGAGCCAGAGUGGAGCAUCGUCAGUGGGAACACGCCCAUCGCAGUGUGGGGGACUCACCUGGACCUCAUACAGAACCCUCAGAUCCGGGCCAAGCAUGGAGGGAAGGAGCACAUCAAUAUCUGUGAGGUUCUGAAUGCUACUGAGAUGACCUGCCAGGCUCCAGCCCUCGCUCUGGGUCCCGACCACCAGUCUGACCUGACCGAGAGGCCUGAGGAGUUUGGCUUCAUCCUGGACAAUGUCCAGUCCCUACUGAUCCUCAAUAAGACUAACUUCACCUACUACCCAAACCCGGUGUUUGAGGCCUUUGGACCCUCGGGAAUCCUGGAGCUCAAGCCUGGCACACCCAUCAUCCUAAAGGGCAAAAACCUGAUCCCGCCUGUGGCCGGGGGCAACGUGAAGCUGAACUACACUGUGCUAGUUGGGGAGAAGCCGUGCACCGUGACCGUGUCGGAUGUGCAGCUGCUCUGCGAGUCCCCCAACCUCAUCGGCAGGCACAAAGUGAUGGCCCGUGUCGGCGGCAUGGAGUACUCCCCCGGGAUGGUGUACAUCGCCCCGGACAGCCCGCUCAGCCUGCCCGCCAUUGUCAGCAUCGCGGUGGCUGGCGGCCUCCUCAUCAUCUUCAUUGUGGCUGUGCUCAUCGCCUACAAACGCAAGUCCCGAGAAAGCGACCUCACACUGAAGCGGCUGCAGAUGCAGAUGGACAACCUGGAGUCCCGUGUAGCCCUGGAGUGCAAGGAAGCUUUUGCUGAGCUACAGACAGACAUCCACGAGUUGACCAGUGACCUGGAUGGAGCUGGGAUUCCCUUCCUCGAUUACAGAACUUAUACCAUGCGGGUGCUGUUCCCAGGAAUUGAAGACCACCCCGUCCUUCGGGACCUCGAGGUCCCGGGCUACCGGCAGGAGCGCGUGGAGAAAGGCCUGAAGCUCUUCGCCCAGCUCAUCAACAACAAGGUAUUCCUGCUGUCCUUCAUCCGCACACUCGAGUCCCAGCGCAGCUUCUCCAUGCGCGACCGUGGCAACGUGGCCUCGCUCAUCAUGACGGUGCUGCAGAGCAAGCUGGAGUAUGCCACCGAUGUGCUGAAGCAGCUGCUGGCCGACCUCAUCGACAAGAACCUGGAGAGCAAGAACCACCCCAAGCUGCUGCUCAGGAGGACUGAGUCGGUGGCUGAGAAGAUGCUGACCAAUUGGUUCACUUUCCUCCUCUACAAGUUCCUCAAGGAGUGCGCUGGGGAGCCUCUCUUCUCCCUGUUCUGUGCCAUCAAGCAGCAGAUGGAGAAAGGCCCCAUCGAUGCCAUCACAGGAGAGGCCCGCUACUCCCUAAGUGAGGACAAACUCAUCCGCCAGCAGAUCGACUACAAAACCCUGGUGCUGAGCUGUGUCAGCCCAGAUAAUGCCAACAGCCCCGAAGUCCCAGUAAAGAUCCUCAACUGUGACACCAUCACUCAGGUGAAGGAAAAGAUUCUGGAUGCCAUCUUUAAGAAUGUGCCCUGCUCGCACCGGCCCAAGGCUGCAGACAUGGACCUAGAGUGGCGACAAGGAAGCGGGGCCAGGAUGAUCCUGCAGGAUGAAGACAUCACCACCAAGAUCGAGAAUGACUGGAAGCGGCUGAACACCUUGGCCCACUACCAGGUGCCAGAUGGUUCUGUGGUGGCUUUAGUGUCCAAGCAGGUGACAGCCUAUAAUGCAGUGAACAACUCCACAGUCUCAAGGACCUCAGCAAGUAAAUAUGGUGAGAGCUCACUGACUAUCCUUGGGGGCCGGGAUGUCCUGAGCAGCUGGAAGGCAGCAGCGCCGGGCGGGGAGGAGGGCAGGUUUGAAAACCUGUCCUCAGAGUUGCGUGUCCUCCCUCCAUGUCCCCCUCCCCAGGGCACACUGCAGAAGUUUGUAGAUGACCUCUUUGAGACCAUCUUCAGCACAGCACACCGUGGCUCCGCCCUGCCCCUGGCCAUAAAGUACAUGUUUGACUUUCUGGACGAACAGGCAGACAAGCAUGGCAUUCACGACCCACAUGUGCGUCACACCUGGAAGAGCAACUGCCUGCCCCUGCGGUUUUGGGUGAACAUGAUCAAAAACCCACAAUUCGUGUUUGACAUCCACAAGAACAGCAUCACGGACGCCUGCCUGUCUGUGGUGGCGCAGACCUUCAUGGACUCCUGCUCCACGUCAGAGCACCGGCUGGGCAAGGACUCGCCCUCCAACAAGCUGCUCUAUGCCAAGGACAUCCCCAGCUACAAGAACUGGGUGGAGCGGUAUUACUCAGACAUCGGGAAGAUGCCGGCCAUCAGCGACCAGGACAUGAACGCAUACCUGGCUGAGCAGUCCCGGAUGCACAUGAACGAGUUCAACACCAUGAGCGCGCUCUCGGAGAUCUUCUCUUAUGUGGGCAAGUACAGCGAAGAGAUCCUUGGACCUCUGGACCAUGAUGACCAGUGUGGGAAGCAGAAACUUGCCUACAAACUAGAACAAGUCAUAACCCUCAUGAGCUUAGACAGCUGA